AUGUGACUUAACACAAGAUUCAUUUCUUCAUAGCAAAAUACUUAAUAAUAAUAAAUAAAUCAGUCUGUUUAUUAGACAAAGUGUUGUGGUUGUGUUAGUAAACGAUAUUGUAAAUAUUUAUAAUGUCUGAACCAAUUGUACACGUUAAUGAAGGUAAAUUGAAAGGAAAUGUGGCAACAACUGUUAAGGACGUCCAAUAUUAUAGUUUCAAAGGAAUUCCUUAUGCGAAACCGCCGGUCGGCGAAUUAAGGUUUGCUAUACCACAACCACCAGAAUCGUGGAAAGGGGUCAGAGAUGCGACCAAAGAUUGCAACAUUUGCGCUCAGGUCGACAAAUUAACAGGAAACGUAGUUGGAGACGAGGAUUGCUUGUACCUCAAUGUUUACACGCCCAAGCUUCCCACUUCCAGCUCUGAACUCUUACCCGUUAUGUUCUUCAUUCAUGGAGGUGGUUUCAUUUUUGGGAACGGCACCGACACUGCCAAACACGGUCCAGAUUUCUUAAUCGAAAAAGAUGUGGUAAUAGUAUCUUUUAACUUUCGAAUCGGAAUACUUGGCUUCUUGGCUCUCGGUUGUAAAGAUGCCCCUGGAAACAUGGGCCUCAGAGACCAAGUUAUGGCACUGAAAUGGGUUCAACGGAAUAUUUCGAAAUUUGGCGGAGACCCAAAUAAUGUUACAAUUUUUGGAAUUAGUGCGGGUGGUUCCUCAGUUGAGUACCAUUUGUUGUCUCCGCUGUCGAGAGGACUGUUUCAUAAAGCAAUAGCACAAUCUGGCUCAUCCCUCGUACAUUGGGCUCAAAAUGAUAAAGACAAAAUCAAAACACUAGCAGCUAGAAUUCCUACGGUAAAGGGUAAAGUAAUCACUGACAGCGAAGAGCUGCUGAAAUAUUUCAAGGAUUUGCCAACAAAUGAGUUAAUUAAAUUAUCCUUUAAGGCGAUCCAGACAGAUGAGUUUCGGGGAGGUAUUCAUUUUGGUUUUGUACCAACUGUUGAAGAGUCAGGUGACUGGGAGCCGUUCUUAGGAGAAUCAUCGUAUCAAUUGCUCGCUAAAGGCGAGUUCGCGAAAGUUCCUUUUAUGACGGGUCUCAGUGAAAGGGAAGGCUUACUGAUGGUUCUAUUAGGCCCUCAAGUUUUAGAUAAACUGGCCAAAGAAAAGAAAUUCAUCGAUUACUUUCCGUUCGUAUUGGAUCCAGUUGAAGAAACUAAGUUAGAAUCUAGAUUAAAGUCUAUAUAUUUAGAAGGAGAACAAACAAGCAAAGAUGUCGAUGGUUUUGCUAUAAAUUAUUUCACCGAUGUAGACUUUUUGGGUGGAAUCUAUACAGCGGCGACUUUAAUAGCUAAACACAAUUCUCCGGUAUAUUUAUACGAAUUUUGCUAUGAUGGCGCACUUAAUUAUUUAAAGAAACUCAAUCAAAUCGAUAGGGUAGGCGCAGCACAUGCCGACGAAGGCGGGUACAUACUAAGAUGUGAAGCUUUAAAAGAUGCGUUAUCUGACACCGACAAACGAGUACAAGAAGUUUUAUUGACACUAUGGACGAAUUUUGCCAGAUACGGAAAUCCCACGCCGAAAACAGAUAAUCUGAUAACAACGAAUUGGGAACCAAUAGCAGAAACGGGAGCGGCUUGUUUGGUGAUUGAUAAGGAUUUAUCGAUGAAGUAUGAACUAUAUCCAGAAAGAAUGAAAUUAUUCUUAGAAAUGUAUGAAAAAAAAUUUGGUUGUAAAUGAUGUAAAGGGAUUAAUAAA